UGGUUAACAUCAUAAGCCGGGAGCAUCUCGGGCCCCAAGGAAUGUAUGCAGUUCUUACAUUUAAUAGCCAAGAUAGCUGACAACACGUCGCAGAGAGAUACAAAGCUGGAUGUUAAUAUAGGUCACACAACAUUGUCUUGUUUUCUGCCAUAAACGUGUUUCAUACAUAAACAGCUAGUGUUAGCCAUGAGGGGUUGUGUUUGAGACGUUGACUGUUGGUCGAGUAAGCAAUUCUGGCAAUGUGCUGUUGUCUAUUUGGCUAUUAUUGCAUGCAUAUGCACCGACAAGGCUUACAACGACAACGAUGCUCAGUUAAUAGGCCCAAUCCAGACAGAGGAAAACCUUUGUGUGCUCACGUUAUAGGAUUACACAUUUUACAGAGGCAACAGUGUGAAGACAAGCCUGCCAUAGCACCUCCUGUGUUUGUUUUCCAAAAAGAUAAAGCACAGAAGCGAUCUGCGGAGGGCUCAAGUGCAGAGGAUGGAGAAGAUUCAGAUAAAGACGAGGGGAGCUAUUGCCCCCCUAUGAAAAGGGAAAGGACGUCAUCGUUCCCACCCCCACAUUCUGUUCCCAAGAACAAUGUAUUCAUGCCCUCAAGUUUCUGCCAGUCUCCAACUGGGAACUCUGACUCUGAGCCAGAGGAGAAGCCUGUAGGAUUCCGUUUAAAGCCACCAACUCUCAUACAUGGACAGGCACCAAGUUCAGGCGUCCCAAGUCAGAAACCCAAGGAGCAGCAACGCAGUGUCCUCCGCCCUGCAGUUCUCCAGGCGCCGCCCUCUAAAUCACAUAUAGAGUCCAAUUCCAGUUGUGGAACCAACGGUGUGAAAAAGUCAUCCGAUGGGGCAUCUGUGACCCAGUCCUUCUUCCUGAACAACACAGAGCACUCAGCCACCCUGGCCAAGUCACAGAAACAUGAAAAUGAGGAAGAUGGAGCAAGUGGUAACAAAGACGGAGACGAAAGAGAGAAGAAGGAGACAGAUGUAGCAAUAUCUUUUGUGUUUGGUCAGAAUAUUAAAGACAGAGCAAAGUUGGAAGAGAACAGUACAGAAGGCAAGUCAAAGGAUGGUGUGCCGCUGGACUCUCAAUCAGAGGGCACUAAUUAUUUCUUACAGUACAUCUCUACCCCAAGUUCAGAAAAUGCCGCAAACAGUACAGACAGUGGGGCAAAAUUUGUUUUUGGGCAGAACAUGUCUGAACGAGUUCUGAGUCCCCCGAAGGGCGAGUCCUCAAAUGAGGAAAAUAAAGAAGUUUCAGCUGCCCCUGCUUCAGAGCCCUCAUCACAGGAAACCACCCCAGAGAAGGUGAACAGCGUGUCAGAGUCUUUGGAGGAGUCUGCAGCAGCUUACACCAAAGCCACAGCCAAGAAGUGCAUCUUAGAGAAAGUUGACGUCAAAACUGGAGAGGAAUCAGAAAGCAAUGUUUUGCAGAUGCAGUGCAAGUUAUAUGUUUUUGAGAAGACGGCUCAGUCGUGGAUAGAGAGAGGUCGAGGUUUGCUGAGGCUCAACGACAUGGCAUCAACAGACGACGGCACGCUACAGUCCCGUCUAGUGAUGAGGACCCAGGGCAGCCUCCGGUUGAUCCUCAACACUAAACUUUGGCCCCAGAUGCAGGUGGACAAGGCCAGCGAGAAGAGUGUACGAAUCACUGCCAUGGACACAGAGGACCAGGGGGUCAAGGUCUUCCUAAUAUCGGGUAGCUCUAAGGACAUAGGUCAGCUGGCUGCAGCGUUGCAUCACCGUAUCUUAGCCCUGAAGAGCAGGGCAGAGCAGGAGCCUGAGACCCCAACGACAACCAUCCCCGAUGCCGAGGUACCGCAGUCCAACGAGGACGACAGCGACGAGGAAGACAAUGCCUCUGCCUCAGCUUCAGCCUCCACUCCUGCUACGAGUAAUUCAGAGGGAGGAGAGAGCCAGGCAACAGGAAGCACAUAGCGUCACUCUUGGACAGCCUGCUCAGAUGUUGCCGUUGAGGCAUUUUGCUGUAUGCAUCUCCAUGGACAACCCUUGACCAACAUGGGUCCUCCAGACCAGUACUUUUGGAUAUUAGAAGUCUAGCUCCAGGAAAUAACCCCUUGUGCCAGAGUGUUCCACCCAACUCGUGCAGUUCAUCUUCUCUGCAUUCAGCGUAAUAUCUGGAGUCGUUUAUUCCCUCCCUCUCCUGUUUUGUGUUUUAUUUUUGUUUUCGAGUAUUUUUUCCUCUCCCCGAUAGCAAAAAUAAAGACUUCAAAGCUUUGGUUUGGGACUUUUCUGCUCAUCAUAUUGAUGAGUGUAAGGGUGUUUUCCUCUACAUUUUAAAGUAUGGCACAUGUUAAGACUGCAGUUUCUACUUUGGGACCUUUUUACUCACUCUACAGCUGUAUCUCUGGACGCCACACAUCCAGAGGAGCUUCAUUCACAGUGUAUUUGACUAGUCAUCAGUCACUUGUUCCUCCAUUGAGUCCAACCCUUCUCCUAGCCCCCCCAUCCCAACCAGUCUGUGCGUUAGGUUUCGGCAAAUGUAAUUUAUUUUGGAUUGUCCGUUUCAUGAGGCAUCUCAACCCAUGUGUGCGGUUUGUAAUGGCUAGCCAAGACCACUCGACAUGACAAGUUGUCGUUAAUAGCAGUUUCUUAUAUUUCCUAUUGACCUAUAUUAUACAGAAUAAAAGACUGAAAACAAUGUGGUUUCUGCUAAUGUGAGUUAAUGAUGUCAGGACAAAACAGAAUAAUUCACCUCAAAUAUUUCUCUAAAUUAAUAAGAUGUGUUUGUCAUUCACGUUGUCGGUUUUUUAAUGAUUUCUUUUUCCAAAUCAAGAAACUUGACUCAUCAGUCUACAUUUUGCAUGUAACUCUUUUUUUAUUCUUUUCAGCAUCCCAAAGGUUUACUGUGUUGAUACAUAUUUUUAUUUUGAAAAUAUACAAACAUUUUAUCCAUUUUCCUUUGGAAAAUAUGUUGGAAUGAAGACUUAAGUUCAUGUGUGGAAAUAUUUGAGUGAUAACUCUAAUACCCUUUGAAUGUCAUGUACAUUUGAAUAUAUCAUUUAGUAGCACACCAUGUUUUUCUCAUCUCCUCCAAAUACUCUCUUUACAAAAUAAACCAUUUUGGACUGACAUCUGG